AUGCUAGCAUGGUCCAUCGAGUUAUCCCAAUUCCAGGUCAGGUUCGAACCCCGAAACGCCAUUAAAGCGCAGGCCCUGACCGAUUUCAUCGCCGAGAUGACCCCGAUCAAACCCACACCCGAACCGUGGAAACUGCACGUCGACGGCUCAUCAAACUCCACUCACGGAGGCGCCGGAAUUAUACUCGAGAACCAAAACAGGAUCAUAAUUGAACAAUCAAUACGAUACGACUUUCCAGUAUCCAAUAACCAAGCAGAAUACGAAGCCCUUUUGGCAGGGCUAACCCUAGCCCGGGAGGUCGACGCCAAAGUACUCGAAGUAAAUACCGACUCCCAAGUGGUCUGUUCCCAAAUAAACGGAAGCUACCAAACCCGGGAGCCCUUACUCCAACAAUACCUCAGCAAGGUAAAUGAAUUGAAGGAAGGAUUCGAAAACAUUACCAUACAACACGUCCCCAGGGAACGAAACGCCAGGGCGGACCUGCUUUCCAAACUAGCAAGCACAAAAUCGGGACACGGUAACAGAUCGCUAAUCCAGGAGGUCGUUAGGUCGCCUUCCGUAACGGCAACAAUCAGCGUACACCUAACAUCCUCAAGCCGGGAGUCCUGGACAUACCCAAUCCUACAGUACCUCCUUAACGGAACCCUACCAGCAGACCCAAAAGAGGAAAGGCGAAUAAAAAGGGAAGCCGCCAACUACACCAUCAUAGCAGGACAACUAUACAAACGCGGAUUCUCGCAGCCCCUACUCAAAUGUGUCGAACCCGGGAACACGGAAUACAUACUCCGCGAGAUCCACGAAGGCUGCUGCGGUCACCACAUCGGAGGAAAAACGCUAGCUCAAAAAAUCAUCAGGGCUGGCUAUUUCUGGCCCACGAUCAUUCGAGAUUCCAUACAAUUAACAAAAAGCUGCGACAAAUGCCAAAAGCACGCUAAUAUGCACCAAGCUGCCCCGCACCAACUCAGCAUUAUAUCGGCAGAACGGCCAUUCGGCAGCUGGGGAAUCGACCUCGUCGGGCCCUUCCCCACAGCACCCGGCCAACUCAGAUAUCUCAUCGUCGCCAUAGAUUACUACACCAAAUGGAUUGAAGCCGAGCCCCUAGCCUCCAUAACAGUGACCCAAUGCCGAAAAUUCGUCUGGCGACAGAUCAUUACCCGAUUUGGAAUCCCCGAAGUCAUCAUCUCGGACAACGGAACCCAAUUCACCGACAAAAAAUUCAGAGAACUCCUAGAAGGAUUGCACAUAUCCCAUCGCUUCAGCUCGGUAGAACAUCCCCAAACAAACGGGCAGGUAGAAUCCGCCAACAAAAUAAUCGUUAAAGGACUCAAGAAACGACUCGACGAAGCCAAGGGACUAUAG